AUGUCAGAACUUGAGGCGUUAAAUGGGUUGUGCCAACAACUAUAUAUGGCUACAGAUCAAUCUGUUCGACUUCAAGCUGAGCAAAAUCUGGCUGAGCUCAUAGAAUCACCCGAAUGCUUACGACGUUGUAUGUUGCUUCUAGAAAGUGGGCAGAUUCCUUAUGGUCCUCUAGUGGCAAGCACAGCUUUGAUGAAGUUGUUGAAUUCUAAAACCGGAAUGACUACUGAACAGAAAUUAGAUUUAAGCAGAUAUAUACUCAAUAUGCUGGGUUCUCGGAGCCCAUCCUUGCCCUCAUACGUUGUAACGUCUCUGUGUCAAUUAUUUGCUCGUAUAACUAAGCAAGAAUGGAAUUAUUCCAUUUCCGAAAAAACCUUUCCAUUUCGGGAACCUGUGACUGCAAUUAUGACAACUAUCGAUGAAAGUAACAUCCCUGAAAGUUUAUUAGCAGCUCAAGUUCUAUCAUUGUUAGUUGUAGAUAUGAAUUCGAAUGCGGGCAUGGAGUCAAUGCACAAGCAUCGGAAGAGCAUGAGCCAGUUUAGGGAUGGUCCAUUACUGGAAAUCUUCCAAAUUUCUGUUAAAUUUCUCGAGAAUGUUGCAGGUCGUGUUAGUCUCAGUUCCAGUAUUUUUCCUCUUGUCGAUGCUGUUCUUGACUUGUGUUUAAAUACUUUACUCUUUGAUUUUGUUGGUAGCCUAGCAGACGAAACAAGUGAAGAAACUUUCAACGUUCAAGUUCCGACUGUUUGGAGAGAAUGUUUCAUUGAUGGUAAAAUUGUAACACUUAUUUUCGAGCUGUACCAGAAACUACCAAAUACAUCGACUGAAAAGCUUCUUCAUAUAACCGUACAACUGGCGAGCAUACGUCGCACGUUAUUCAAUGCUCCGGAACGUCAAAGUUAUCUCACUAAGAUUGUUGUUGGAGUUAAGAUGGUUCUUGAAAAUCCUAGUAAAUUGAACGACCAGGGAGCUUUUCAUGAGUUCAGUCGACUUAUAGCUAGGUUGAAAACAAACUAUCAAUUAAUGGAAAUGAUUAAAAUAGAUGAAUAUUCAAUGAUGAUGCGUUUAUUGGCAGGUUUUACAGUUGAGAGUCUUCGAUUAAUGGAGUUCUCCGCUAAUAGCACUUACUUUCUUCUCACUUACUGGCAACGAAUGGUCUCCUCUGUACCUUACGUUCGAAAUGGCGAUGAACACUUGUUAAAUGUAUAUUGUCCCGAAAUUUUCGCUGCUUUUGUUGAAAGUCGUUUACAAAAUGUAGAUAGAGUUGUAAGAGAAGGCGCUGAUGAUCCUCUCGAGGAUCAAGGUGCAACCAUCCAAAUUCUGGAACUCCUUGCCGGUAUUUGUCGUUGUGAAUAUGAAAAAACUUAUCGCCUACUUGCUCAACAUUUUGAUGAAAAUUAUCGUGUUUUAGAAGCUAACACUCAGAAUCCGAAUUUCACGAAUUAUCGGGUUGCCGAAGGAAGAUUGAUUUGGGUUAUCACUCUUAUAGGAACUGCUGUUUUCUCAAAAACUACUUUCUCGACUCCUGUUGAAGAGCACGAUAAACUAGAUGGAGAUCUAGUUCAAAGAUGUUUGAAGUAUAUGCAAAUCAAUGAUCAAAGAUUGUACCCUACAUCCUUGGAUGAAAAUCCCACGAAUGGCAAUGUCAGACUAGAAGUGUCUUUCAUCCAUGUUCUCGAGAAUUUCCGUAAAUCAUAUAUAAUGGAGCAAGUAACAAGAACGACAUAUGUUUAUCAAAAUUUAGCUAAUGUUGGCGUUUCCGAUGAAACAGAAAUGCUAGGAGUAAUUGUUAAAAAAAUACUAACCAAUAUUAAACUCUGGCCAAUGAAUGAAGAUAUUCUCGAUAUUUCACUCUGCUUGCUCAAAGAGUUAUCCAUGGGUUACACGGCAGUUCGAAAACUGUUCCGAUUACCCGAUAUUCAAUUAUUGCUCAAUAAUCAUACGGCCGAACAUUUCGCUUUCCUGGGACCUUCCAUCACUUUCUCAACAAUGAAGAGCAGAACAAUUUUUUAUGAAGCAUUGACUAGACUUUUAGCUGUAGAUCUGAAUGAUGAUGAUCAAACUUUCCAACAGUUUAUGGUUCCGCUCACUGAAACUGUUAAAGGAAUUUGUUCCAUUAUGGAUGGUAGUUCAAGUGGAUUCAACAUUGAGCAACUUCAGAAAGUUAUCGUCGGGUUGUUCAGAGAUUUGAGAGGAAUCGCCAUCGCUUGUACGACCAAAAAUCAGUUCCAGUUGCUUUUUGAUUGGAUGUUCCCUCAGGUGUUUGAAAUUAUGGGUAAAUGUGUGGAAGAAUGGACAGAUAACCCGGAUGUGUCCAUUCCUCUCUUCCGAUUGUUAUGUGAACUUCUACUCAACCGUCAACAGAGAUUGAAGUUUGAGAUGAACAGUUGCUCUGCAGUUCUACUAUUUAAAGAAUGCUCUAAACUGGUUACCAGUUUUGGCAACCGAUUUUUAGCCUUAGCCUCUAACAUUCCCAAAGAACAAGUAUAUAAGAAACGUUUAAAAACCACCUCCAUCAUUUUCCAAUGUUUGAAACAUGCAAUGGCUGGUAGCUACAUUCCAUUUGGAGUAUUUUACUUAUACGGGGACUCUUGUCUACAAAAUGUACUUGACAUGUUCAUGAAGCUCUUUUUGCGUAUACCAGAAGAAGAUUUCCUCGGAUAUACCAAGUUGGCUCAAUCGUACUAUGCUCUUCUCGAAAUUGUUGUUCAUGAUAAUAUGGCUUUCAUGUCAAACCUGGAACCUACCACAUUUGCAUCUGUUUUACGAUCCAUUCAAGCAGGUCUCCUGGGUUUAGAUACAACUGUGAUGACGUCCGCCUGCUCUGCUUUGGAUAAUAUUCUAAAUUAUUUGUUCAAAAGAAUCACCGGAACAGGGCCUAUUGUUAUAAAUGUGGGGUCUCAGCCAGAAGGCAACCAAUGUAUUAUUGCCGUUGAGCAACAUCCCCAGAUACUUGCAGAGAUUCUCACUGGUAUUAUGCAAUCAUUGAUGAUGUGCGAAACAAGAUGUCAAUGGAGUGUAUCUAGGCCCUUGUUAGGGCUUAUAUUACUUCAGGAAGAUGUUUUCCAGAACUUCAAGCGCGAGGUCAUACAAAGACAAGCGACAGAUCGCCAACGCUACUUCGAAACGCUGUUUAAUAAUCUGAUGGAAGGUAUUGAAAGGAAUUUAACUAUUAAGAAUAAGGAUCUAUUCACUCAAAACAUUCAAAAAUUCCGCAGAGAUCUGGGCGAAGUUUCUAAGGGUCAUGAAAUUACCUCUCAAUCUUCCAACAACAACGACAUGUGUUAG